AUGGGUCGGAAAUUAGCUCGAUAUUUACACUGGAUUGGAAUUAAAACAAAAGUAUUCAAUGUUGGCGAUUAUCGUCGUGAUGCUGUUAAAGUAUAUUCAGGCAAGGACUUUUUUGAUCCAGGCAAUACUGAAGCAGUAGCAAUUCGAAAUCAAUGUGCCCAAAAUGCAUUGGAAGAUAUGUGCGAUUUCCUUCAAAAUCAAGGUGAGGUAGCCAUAUUUGAUGCAACAAAUACGACCCGCGAACGACGCCGUACAAUAUACAAUCAUUGUACAGAAACAUGCUGCUUUCGUGUCUUUUUUGUCGAAUCGAUUUGCGAUUCACUGGAAGUUAUUCAAGCAAAUAUUCGGCAAGUAAAACUCAAAAGUCCUGAUUACAAAGAUGUAUCACAAACAGAGGCUGUCGCAGAUUUUCUUUCACGUAUUCAACUCUAUGAAAAACAGUACGAAACUAUUGACGAUAAGACAGAAGAAAAGCAUUAUUCAUUUAUCAAAAUUUUUAAUUGUGGUGAACGAUUUCUUGUUCAUAAAAUCGGUGGCAACAUUCAAAGUCGGGUCGUUUAUUUUCUCAUGAAUAUUCAUGUUCUUCCGAGAACUAUCUAUCUUACUAGGCACGGUGAAUCAGAAAUGAAUGUUCAACAACGUAUUGGAGGCAAUUCACCGUUAUCACCAGCUGGCAAAACGGAUUUGAUUGUUUGGACAAGUCAACGGCAACAAACGAUUGAAACAGGAGCAAAAAUCAAUGCUCCUAAGGAACAAUGGAAAGCUCUCAAUGGAGUCAAUGCUGGUAUUUUCGAAGGAUUGACCUAUCGAGAAGUAGCUGAACGUUAUCCCAAAGAGUUUGCUGCUCGUGAUCAAUCAAAAUAUUACUAUCGAUAUCCGGGAGGAGAAUCUUAUCACGACCUUGUUGCUCGACUUGAACCAGUGAUUAUGGAAUUGGAAAGUGCAGAAAAUGUACUUGUUAUUACACAUCAAGCUGUAGCUCGAUGUAUUCUUGCUUAUUUUCUCGAUAAAGAUCCUGAACGUCUACCCUAUAUCAAAGUGCCCUUGCAUACAAUUAUUAAAUUGACACCGAUGGCUUACGGUUGUAUGAUGGAAUGCAUACCAUUAUCGGUUGAAGCUGUAAACACACAUCGUAGUAAACCAAAGAAUUGUGAACCUAAUCGAGCAGUUGCCGAGGCACUUAAUGAAUUUAGUGAAGUGCGUUUGGAAACUAAGACGGGUCCAACGACAACCCAGGUCAUUUACCAAAAUGCUGGUACAGCUUUGGAAACAACUGAUGCUCAUGGCAAUCGUUUACAACAUAUGGAUAGUGCAAUUAGUGAUGUUACACCGACUGAUAGUUUUUCACCGGCUCACGAUGGUAAUAUUCAACAACCACCAACACCUAAUUGA